AUGCAUCUAUCUGCCCUCAUCACUAUCGCUGUCGCGGCUACCACCGCCUCGGCCUGCACAUUCGGCAUGACUGCCAUGAGCCACUAUAACACAGGCGAUGCAAGUGGUGGUGCCGGUUGCAAAAUCUUUAUUCACGACAAAGACUUGACCAAAGACAACAUCGACAGCGGCAAAUUCUCAUUCGAAGCUGAUGGGACAUGCAGCAACAAGUGCGACACUGUGAAGUACAAGGGCAAGACAUGGGAGUUCUGCCACUCGAUGUUGAGCCCUUUAAAGCCCGACAAUCCUGGUAAUACUAUCUCGGUUAGGCAGGUCGACAAUGAUGGUGAUAAGCUGAAUUUCCACUCGGGUGAUAACAAGCAUUAUAGUUAUGUCAAUCCUUUUAGUUCGAUGACGAUGAACCACUUUCUCCGAAGUGGCAUUUCUUGUUAG